AUAAUAGAGAAAGGACAUUUAUUGGUUAGGUGGCAGCAUCUGAUAGGAACUGUAUCAAACUGUCAGGGAAAGAAAGCAUAGAAGAGCUCAAUCCCAAAAAUACAACAAAACGAAAGGCUUUAUUGGAUUAGGGUUUUAUGGCAAAAUUUGAUGUCCAAACUCUCAUCAACGACAAAAGGUUCUGGUUCGCUUCUUUCCUCAUUGCUUGGGCCGCUGCUCUUCAGGGGCAUAUGAUGUGGAUGCAAAGGCAGGACUCUUUCAAGCAAAAAUUCGGUACACCAAAUCAAUCCAAUGAUGAUGAAACAAAAAACAUGUCCCAAAGUUGAAUCCAUUGGUUUGUUUUGAAAUGCUGUUUUGUGAUUUGAUUCGUAGAACAAUGAUGGGUAUUUGGGUUCUAGAGGUUAUUAAGGUUCUUCUUCAGUUGAACCUUAAAAUACUCAAAAUGAAUCAUCGUCUGUCUGUGAAGAAUAUGCUCAAAAAGUUGAAGCAGGAUUGAUAUCAUAAGCUUAAUAGAUUGUAGUUUUGGAGAUUUGAUUACAUUAUUUAGUGCUAAACUGUUAUUUGACUAAUUCAAUUGAAUAUUCACUGAUUUCUAUGUGGAAUAAAA